GGUAUCUUGAUUAACGGCCAGUUCCCUGGACCUGAGAUUAACGUUGUUACUAAUGACAACGUUAUUGUAAAUGUGUUCAAUAAGCUGGACGAGCCUAUACUUCUCACAUGGAACGGAAUUAAACAGAGGAAAAGCUCAUGGACGGAUGGAGUUCUGGGGACAAAUUGCCCAAUUCUCCCAAACACAAAUUGGACAUAUAACUUACAAAUGAAAGACCAGAUUGGGACUUACACAUAUUUCCUCUCUACCCAAUUGCACAAAGCAGCCGGCGGUUUUGGCGCCCUAAACAUCAUUCGUAGAGACGUUAUUCCACUUCCCUACCCGGAACCUUCUGGUAACUUCACUAUGCUUGUCACCGACUGGUGGAACACUGAUCACAAGGUUGG